AUGCCUUUCAGGAACGUCGCUGGGGGCCUGAGCAGCGAUCGCACACCUGACCGAUCCCAGGAUCUCCGCGGGCCGCUGGGAAGAGCCGAACCCGACUCCCGCCCCGCGGGCUUUCUGUGCCAGGGUAAGAACGUGUUUCUGUUCCCAGCACGUUUAGCGCUGCAAAACUCAUUUGCCCGUCUAAACUCUUCAUCCCGGCGCCGGGCGCCUCCGCCUGCCCCAGCGGCUCCGGCGGGACUCCGGCCGCGGCGGAACCCGGCCCGCGGGAGGCUUCCCGGCCGCGGCGGGCGCACGCCGAUCCUGCGGAGCGCUCUCGCGGAGCGGCGCCGCCGCCAGUCCGGCUCCACGGCAGCUCCACGGCGGUCCCGCGGGCGCGGAAGGGGCGCGCAGCCCCCGAGCAGCAGCGUUUGGAGUUCCCUCCCUUCAGCGAUCACAAACUCCGCUCCUACGCGCUUAUUUCCUCCUGCCUCCCAAGCCAGCUUCCUGCCCGCGCUGCACCGAUUCUCCCCGGCAUCCCGCCCGCCCCGCCGCGCCGCCGGUUCGCGGGCGGCCCGGGACGGUGGCGGCGGGGGCGGUGGGCGGCCCGCGAGUGGCCCCGAUUGGCGCAGCCGGCGCACGUGGGGCCGCCCUCACGCCUCGGCGCUGGCAGCGCGGCCGCCGCCGCGGGGCACGGCACGGCACGGCAGGGCGGGGGAGCGCACCGGGCUCCGCUCCGCGCGGGUCUCCGCGCACCGCACGCGGCGCUGCGGCGGGGAGGGGAGAGAGAGGAGUCCAGCCGAGCCUGCGGAAAGCUAUUCAGAACUGACUGUCAGAGGAGCAAAGAAUGAUUCAACAGCAUAUGAGGUGCUGGCUGCUUCCCACAUCAUUGGUUUACAGACUUUCUUAAAUUCAGAUGACUGCCUACUGGUGGCCCGUAUGGAACAGGAACCAUUCUUAACUAGAGCACCAGUCUGCUAUACCUGUGAUCUACAAUGAAUGCCAAAUCUGCAAUCAGCAAAGAGAUUUUUGCCCCACAUGAUGAAAGGAUGCUGGGAGCUGUUCAAGUGAAAAGAAGAACAAAAAAAAAGAUUCCUUUUCUAGCUACUGGGGGUCAGGGUGAAUAUUUAACGUACAUAUGCCUGUCAG